AAGCUGAUGGGAUGUACGGAACAUUGUUUUUGGUGUGGAAGUCUAUGCUGGGGUCAGGCUGGGCACGACGAAAAUGAAGACAGCACGAAGAAACAUCACGCAUGUCAUCAACCAAGAGGAUUAAUUGGCGUUGGUGAUAAAAAUCUUAACCAUUUGUCCUCUCUAACAUGUGACGCACUCACAGAUCAAUGGUCCGUAUACUGGGGUGAACAUAGGGAAUCAGGGAUGAAUUGGGGGAAGGCUAAAAUGCAUUCAGAUUUUAAAAACUGGAGUUUUGAUGCCCACAGCAAAACUGAAUUUAACGAUUUGAUGAAAUGGUUUUACUUAAAUCUCCACAAUGAUAUUGCAAAAGAGAGAGGCCGGAAUCCGGCAAGGCAGGUUGACUUGGAGAAACUUGGGUACGGAAAGUUGAUGUCGUUCUAUCAUAUUUUAGCAACGAUUAAAACAAAAAUUUAAACCGAUAAAAUUUACAGCUUGAGAUAAAAUACUUAUGAUUGGUAGGCCAUCCAAAUUACUCCUGUCUAGAUACAUUGAUAAUUAUUAGUAAUGUUUUCAAUCAAUUUUAUUUAGUGGGAUAUUAUACAACAAAACCAAGGAAUUAUAUGCAUAUAUUAUAAUCUACGUUUUCAUUUUCGGAUAAGUGUUUUCUCUCUAUAAACAGAUAAAUACCUAAGCCAAUUUCCAUUUGCCAGUUAUUUAGAAAAUUUACAGUUACAUAGUCCCAAUAAAAGUAAAGUCAUAUGUAGUUGACUAACAAUGGAGAGGUGUGUGUACUUUGUGGGGUGACCAGACUAUUCAUUAAUAGAGAUAGCCCGACCAGCGGCGGUAGCUACUAGAAGUGUAAGGUGGUUAUCUCGGAUCUUGACCGGGCCUGUUUUAAAUUAUUCACCUUUUUAGAAUAAGCCCACUCGUACUGUAGCGUUUUCCAGAACGGACACUAUUUCGUCCAUGGCAUGUCCCGUGGAAUUUUUAAAAAAUCAUUGAAAAUCUGGAUUUUUGAAAACGCUGUCACUUUUUGAUUUUAGCUCGAUUUCAAACAUUAAGCGCAAUUUUUGCUCUAAAUUAUUAGCCUGAAAAUAUAAAAAACCAUUUUUAAAAACCCUGGGUUAAAAAAAGCCCUAACCGACCUACCCCAACAAUGGGUAUAAUGCUCCUAGGCCAUCUAAAUACUUUAAAUAUUAUGUACUUGAAUAAAAUAUUCGCUUAGAAUUUAAAAAAAUGGUUAAUUGUUGAGUGAUGAAUAAAAUUUGCUAUU